CACGGCAAACCCCUCGCGCUGAUUGGCCGCGCGGCUAGAGAGGUCCCGGAGUCUCCAGGAACUUACCAUUUCGCGGCCAAUCGGCGCGCUUGAAAAGUAUUAUUUGUACCUGCGCGAUUCCGACUGCCACGCGCGCGCGCGAGAGGAUCGCGUCCUCGACAUUUGAACGGGUGAAAAAUUACCUCUCGCGCGGUUCAAAGGGCGCGAGAAGCAAGCUAAUUUUUAUCCAAGAACGUAAGAAGGUUGAUUUUAGCAAUUCCCAGGCGUACCCGUCCAGAUCCACCUGUAAGCGGCAGUUUCUCGGUUUUUGUUUUUUUCUUCCCGAACAGAUGACGACCUCGUCGCGAGCUGUCAAGAGCCGUUCCGCGACAGAAUCGUACGUUGGACGGCAAUGACGGCGAUUGAUGCUUAGACGCAACGUCUGUAGAUCUUCUGGUAAACCGAUAUGACGGCACGCACAAUCUUACAAGUGUUCGAUCAGUAUCAGAAGGCGCGGUUGCUCUUCGUGCAGUCCGUCGCGGAUCUGUCCUCGAAGCCGAACAACAUCGACUGCCUGGAGGCGGCGGGUGGGAUAGACUUUCUACGCCCGUUGCUGGCGGACCCCGUGCCGUCCAUCCAGCACGUGGCGGCGAUCGCUCUGGGCAGGCUGGCGAAUCACAAUCCCAGACUGGCGCACGCCGUCGUGCGAAAGGACGUGCUGGCGCACCUACUGAGGAACAUGGACAAACAAAAUAAAUUUUAUAAGAAAGCGGCGCUGUUGGUCCUGCGAGCGAUAGCCAAGCACUCGCCGGAACUGGCGUUAAUUGUGGUGCACAACGACGGCCUGCAGACCAUAGUCAGAUGCCUGGAGGACUUCGACCCUGGGGUGAAGGAAGCGGCCGCUUGGGCACUGGGAUAUAUCGCGAGGCAUAACAAGAACUUGGCUCAGGCGGCGGUGGAUGCCAGCGCGGUGCCCCUUCUCGUAUUGUGUCUGCAAGAGCCUGAAUUGUAUAUUAAACAAGUCGCCGCGUCGGCUAUCAGUGACAUAAGUAAACACAGCAUCGAACUCGCGCAGGCAGUGGUGGACACCGGUGCGAUCUUCUUCCUCGCGAAGACCCUGGCCAGCCUCGAUGCCAAGGCGAAGCGACAAGCGUUGUUAGCGCUGAGCAGCAUAGCUAAGCACUCGGCGGGUUUAGCAGAGGCUGUGGUCGAGGCAGACAUCUUUCCAGACAUCUUAGUGCACAUGGCACAUCCGGACGAGAAUGUCGGCAGAGUCGCGGCGAUCUUGACCAGGGAGAUCUGCAAGCACACGUUCGAGUUGGCGCAGCUUGUGGUGAACGUCGGAGGCAUCGCCGCGCUUAUCGAAUUAAUUAACACCUCAAAGUCGGCGACCAGAUUGCCGGCGAUCAUGGCACUCGGUUACAUCGCCGGCCAUUCCGAUCAGCUGGCCGUGGCUGUGAUAGGAUCCAAGGGCGUCGUGCAAUUAGCGAUCGUGCUGCAAGAGGAAGCGGAAGAUCAUAUUCUCGCGGUGACCGUCUGGGCCAUCGGGCACAUUGGCAAACACACGCCCGAACAUGCGAAAGCAAUUGCGGUCGCGAACAUACUGUCCAAGUUAUUGGAGCUGUACAACGAUCCGAAGAGCUCCGAGGAUCUCAAGGCAAAAUGCAACACCGCGUUGAAGCAGAUUCUACAGAAAUGCAUGUACAUCGAGGCCCUUGAAUCCCUGCUGCACGACGUGCCCCCCAACAUCCUGAAAUAUGUGCUGGGACAAUUUAGCAAGAUUUUGCCGCACGACGCGAGGGCGAGGAGAGUGUUCGUCACAUCCGGCGGCUUGAAAAAGGUGCAGGAGAUUCAGGCUGAACCGGGCACCACCCUCUCGGAAUACAUAACAAUUAUCAAUUGCUGCUACCCGGAGGAGAUUGUCAGAUACUACUCGCCUGGUUAUCCAGACAGCCUCCUGGAAGCGGUAGAGCAAUACCAGCCGAAGUGUCUCUUCGUCUUCGAUCACAAGUCGUCACCUGAGAACACAGAAUCCAACUUGUCGCUUUACGACGACGAGGAAUGAUUCUAAAUUAUAUUAUUUCGUCAUUGUACUCUACUUGCAUAGCGAGAAGCAUUUGUGAAUAUACAUCGUUAUUAAGAA